CAGAGAAGCGGUUGUGGAUGGUUGGGAAAGUGCAAACGGCAACAAAAGCUGCUGGGAACGGUGAAGACGACUUCAGAGAAAGAGAGAGAGAGAUAGAGGGGAGGAGUGCACUCAGGUGUUAAACCAUCUGACAAAGGAGGUGAACCAUGGAGAAACCAAGACAGAAUUGGUUAUGAAAUGUUAACAGACGUUGGACUUUUCGUACAUUAAACAUGGAUGAAACUGUGAGUGGGACAUCAGAACUUCAAGAGACAGGCGGUCUACAGAAUAGACCCGGGGAGGAAGAACACAGGACCUCAGACGUGGUUGUUCCUGUGUCUAACGUUCCUGUGGAGGGGGAUGUGGAAACUGGAGCACAGAACUCCAGGGACAGCCGUAAACUUGAUUGCAUCAUCUGCUACAGUGCGUAUAAUCUGGGUGAGAGACUCCCUCGGAAACUCUACUGUGGACACACAUUUUGCCAGGCCUGUCUGAAGCGUCUAGACACCCUCAUCAAUGAGCAGAUGUGGAUCCCCUGCCCACAAUGUAGGCAAAACACUCCCCUACCUCGUGGGGGCGCCACUGGACUGGACUUGGACCUAGCCGCGUUUCUGGGCAUUAAAGCCGAGGUGGAAAACCAGCGAACGUACACCCAGAAAGCACAGCUGGAGACCAAGUCUUCCUUUAUAAAGCAGCCAAUCACAGAUCAACCUCCCUCUGCCUGGGCCAAUGUUGCACUGACGGAACACCGUUUCCGGAGGUGUCCAUGCUGCAGACACUGUCUGCUCUGCUGCUGGUGGUGCUAGUUUAAUUCAGCUCAUACAUCUGCUUCUGGCCAGAGACACUAUAAAAGGAGAGUAUGGACUACUUGUAGAAAAAUGACUGGAAAUGAAUGGGAGAAACGCUUAUUAUGGCGGCUGUAGGAAUGGAAGUCCAAACUUUCAGUCCAAAUUGCAUUAUAUUUGGGUUACUCUACAUCCAGAACCAGCCUGAAAUUUUUUUAUUGUGACUUCAGCUCAAGUAUUUAUAAUAUCUUUAUUGCAGAUUUGAAAUAUGUUAUGGAAACAUAAUCCUGUCGACAAAGGUUGAAGAGACAUUCUUUCCAGCAGAUAGGAGCAGUACCUGUCUGCCUAUUAGGAACAUAGAAAAUAGUUUUACCAAGAUGUCCUUAAAGUGAACUGACUUGCCUAAAAGAGACUUGGUUAAAGAUCCUGUGAAAUCAAAAUCAAAGUAUUGCUGCUUUUAUUACAUAUCUAUUGGAUUUAAGGUCAUCUAUUUGCUAGUUUGCUUCUAAACGUUGACAAAAUUCUGUUUUCCGAAGAUUUAAGCAUUUAAAAUCUGCAGUCUCUCUCUCUCUCACGGCUAAAAAGACUCAGAAACAUCUAUGACGUCAAUAUGCAAAGGAUAUUGCCACUGUUGGUCGCCGGAUGUGCAUGCUUUGCAAAGUACAGCAUGGUAAAAGGCAGGUCACACGUUGGAAAUGCCAGGCAUGUGAUGUUCAUUUGUGUCUUCAGUCGAACAGGAAUUGUUUUCAAAAAUGGCACGAAGGCAUGUAGCUGUAUUCUCCUGUGUGUACUGUAAACUUUUCUCUUCAAAGUUGACAAUGUUUAUGUGGAAUAUUAUGUGAGCGAGCAGGCUACGCAUAGGUGGAUGAGUAGGCUCAUGCAAACCAUCCACCUUCGGUAAUACUCUUAUCUCUCCUUAUGUGCACUGGACACUUUCAUUAUUUUUCUUUCAUCUUGCCCUGUCCGCAGUUUUGACCCGAAUGUCUCUCUUGUCCCACUGCUCUAUGCGCUGUUUGGUGUGUAAAUCCGUUCAUCAAAGAUUCCUGAAAAAAAAUGUAUGAACUGUUUUCAACAUUGAUAAUACUAAAUGUUUCUUGAGCAACAAAUCAGCAUAUUAUAAUGAUAAUUAUACUGCAGUAAUGAUGCUGACAAUUCAGCUUGGAAUAAAUUGCAGUUAUUUUACAUUUAAGGUUUCGCUGUAUUUGGGAUCAAAUAAAUGCAGCCAUGCUGAGCAGAAGGGACUUCUUUUUAAAAACAUUACAAAAUCGUACCAAUCUAAAACUUUUAAACGGUAGUGUAGUGUUUAUGUAACAAACAUGUAUAGUCAGAUUAUAGUUUUAAUUUAAAUUUGAUUUUGAAAAUUAAGUCUCACAUUCAUUCUCUUUCUGUCACAUUCCUCAGUGAUAGGUCCAAGGGAGGGGUCUUUGUCUCCUCAGGUGUGAAAUACAUCAAUAUUCAUGAUAGUUCACGCCUCCUCACAUGUGGCAUUUCUAACACUUAAGUGUCUUACAAAGGUUAAACUGCUAUAUUGUUUUGUAUGAAUGAGUGAUCAGGAUAGGAUGGUUUUCACAUCUCAAAGGUCUUGUGAACAAAUGUUUAAUAUGCGUUAUAUGGGCUUAUUUAUUUUUUCAAAAACUAUGCAUAAAUGUUAUUUUCUCAAAAAUACAAACAUGUACACACAUGUUGCUCACAUAUUAUAGCC